CCGGCGCCGCUCUGGCCGCCUGUCUCUGUGUUUCCCGGCGUGCCCCGCGCGCGGCCAUGGCGGACCCGCGGGACAAGGCGCUGCAGGAUUACCGCAAGAAGCUGCUGGAGCACAAAGAGAUCGACGGGCGCCUCAAGGAGUUAAGGGAACAACUGAAAGAGCUCACCAAGCAAUAUGAGAAGUCGGAAAAUGAUCUCAAGGCCUUGCAGAGUGUCGGGCAGAUUGUUGGUGAGGUUCUUAAGCAGCUGACAGAAGAGAAAUUUAUUGUGAAGGCCACGAAUGGACCAAGAUACGUGGUUGGCUGUCGUCGCCAGCUUGACAAAAGUAAGCUGAAGCCGGGGACGAGAGUUGCUCUGGAUAUGACCACACUGACUAUUAUGAGGUAUUUGCCAAGGGAGGUGGAUCCGCUGGUUUAUAACAUGUCUCAUGAAGAUCCAGGAGAUGUUUCCUAUUCUGAGAUCGGAGGGUUGUCAGAACAAAUCAGAGAGCUGCGAGAGGUAAUAGAAUUGCCACUCACUAACCCAGAGUUAUUCCAACGUGUGGGAAUUAUCCCUCCAAAAGGCUGCUUGCUCUAUGGCCCCCCUGGUACAGGGAAAACACUUUUGGCAAGAGCUGUUGCCAGCCAGCUUGAUUGCAACUUCUUAAAGGUGGUGUCGAGUUCCAUAGUGGACAAGUACAUUGGUGAAAGCGCUCGACUGAUCCGAGAGAUGUUCAAUUAUGCCAGAGAUCAUCAGCCAUGCAUCAUCUUCAUGGAUGAGAUAGAUGCUAUCGGUGGUCGUCGUUUUUCUGAAGGCACCUCAGCGGACAGAGAAAUCCAGAGGACUCUGAUGGAGUUAUUGAAUCAGAUGGAUGGAUUCGAUACCUUACACAGAGUUAAAAUGAUCAUGGCUACUAACAGACCUGACACAUUGGAUCCUGCGCUCCUCCGGCCUGGAAGACUGGAUAGAAAAAUCCAUAUUGAUUUACCAAACGAACAAGCCAGAUUGGACAUCUUGAAGAUUCACGCAGGUCCCAUCACUAAACAUGGUGAAAUAGAUUACGAAGCAAUUGUGAAGCUUUCAGAUGGCUUCAAUGGAGCAGACCUGAGAAAUGUCUGCACCGAAGCAGGUAUGUUUGCAAUCCGUGCUGAUCAUGACUUUGUAGUUCAGGAAGACUUCAUGAAAGCUGUUAGAAAAGUGGCUGAUUCGAAGAAGCUCGAGUCCAAGCUUGACUACAAACCUGUUUAAAUUAACUGUAUAAUCUGUGAUUGACUGCACAUGUCAUACUGGGUUAAUGCGUAAAAAAGAGAUAAAUAGGGUACCUUUUCAUUAUCAUUUACGGUGUUUGUGUAUCAUGUAGCUAGGAAUUUGGUAACGCUGGUUACAGUUGGCUGUUUUCUGUUCAAUUCUGAAAUGCAAUAUUCAUCAUAAUGCCGGUUAAGUACAAUGUGUGGAGCUGUGUUCUCUUAGCAGCUGUGGAGUCAAUUUUCAAACGUGCCUGAAGGGGGUAGUGGAUUUUAAGAAAGUCACUUCGUUUCUUGACUUUUAUAUCGGUGAAUUUCCUUUCCCCAAGCAGUUUAUGAAUAAAACUUGUUUAAAUCGGCUUA